AUGCACGUACUUUUUGCCGUCGGCACUAUCCUAGCAGCAUAUGGCGGAACCCGAGAUACGUUAAUGCCUGGCAACGUGAAAAAUGAUGCUCUCAGCAAGGCCGGAAAUAUCAUGAUGUUUCUGAUAAUGCUUGGCGCUUUGAUCUGCCUAUAUCCUGCAGGGAAACACACCUUACGUGCUAGACAAGAUGUAAACUACCGCGCUGCCGAAGUUUUGAUGAUGGCUGCCGCACCUGCCACAGUGCUUCAGUUGAUCCGCAUGAACUACGACCUGAUUUACGCAUUUACCCUAAUCCCCACGUUACAUCCUACCACAGGGAGCUUUGCCAUCAGGUUUAUUACCUUUUCUCUACAACUAGCUAUAGUCGCAAUGGCACUUACUGCCGGCUGGUUCAGUAAAUAUGCAGCGCAAAUUCGGGCCACGGCUCUUCAAUCCAGCAGCACGACUGAACUACUCUAA